AUGGAGUUCUUCUUAUCACGAAAGGCUAUAUUGGAGCGCGAAUUAGCAGAAGUCAAUGCCACCAUUUCGGUUCUCUCUCUAACACGCGAAAAUGCGGAUCAAGCGGAUAUCGAUGCCGCCAUUGAGGUUCUUUCUGAAGUACUUAACCAGGACGAGAACGAGUACGAAGUGGCUGUGGAUGACCCCGAUGAUACUUCUCUCGACCUUCCGGACUCUUUGGAUACUACCUCUGACGAGGAGGAUAUAGGGAUGAGCGAGUCUUCUCCCCAGCAACCACUUUCCAAGCUGUCACUUCUAAUCAAUCCAGCAGAUCUACCAAGAGAUGGUCGAUAUGUGGACACAAGGCUCAAACAGGAUGAGUGGCUCUUGGAAAAGCCUGAUCGGUGCCUUUCGCGAGAUGUUCUUUUUGCGAUGUAUCUUGCUGUGACCAAAAAUCGGCUUAAUUCAGUCGACUGUCCUGUCAUCUUUCUCGCCCACCCCGGCGCUGCACACUGUCCUAUACAUCAAACUUGCACUCACUGGGAGCUAAGGUGGGAGGACAGGCCCCGACGAGAACCCGGAUCCAUUGAGUUGGAAUUGUUCUGCCUCGACCCUAAGGCCCGCGAGAGGUUUGCGGGGCCUAAGUUGUGUUUCUUUGACCACGAGCAUCGUCAGCCUAUCAAGUGCGAGCCAUCCUACCUGUUCAAUGCUUUGAAGCCUAAUUUCAGCAGUCUCAAGGCAACUAAUCUUGAUUUGGUUUUAUUCCGAAUGGUUGAACCUCGUAAUGAGUCCGGUGAUGAGUUGGAUGGUGAGGCGUAUGAUCAGAAAAUGGCUUUCGGGCUCAUGGAUCAGUAUGGCCGCCAUUUUGUAACUGUGUUACGAGAAUGA